UAUCCACUUCUUUAGAUGGGCUCUCUGGUAACGCUGCCCCAUCAUCCUCGUCGUCUUCUCCUGUAGUUCUCUUCCAAUAACAGAACAGAAGAAAAGCUGAGCAAAAAAUACGAAUUAGAGAGAGAGAGAGAGAAGGGAGAGCAAUAACUAAACGAAAAUGUCUGUGGCUUCAUGUUCAAUCCCUUGCAUCAAAAUCUCAAGCUCCUCUUGUUCUUCUUCAACGCCAACAACUUGUUCUUCAUCCUCUUCUUCGUCUUCCUCGUUCAGGUUUUCAGCCACUAAACCUUCCGUUACUAUAAGGAGUUCCAACGCUGAAGGACCUUUUCGAAGACCCGUCGCUCCUUCUUUGCGACCACCCUCUCCUCCUCUCAAACCCUCCCCUCCAUCUCCACCUCCACCUCCAUCCCCGUCUCCUGCCCCAUCUUCGGCUCCUUCCAAGCCGGUUUCGGUGGCUGGGGUGCCGCAGGCAUCGGACCCGAACGUAAUUACUAUGGAGUUCCAGAGACAGAUGGCUAAGGAACUUCAGGAGUACUUUCGGCAGAAGAAGCUUGAAGAAGCAAACCAGGGGCCCUUCUUUGGGUUCAUCAGCAAGAAUGAAAUAGCAAAUGGGAGAUGGGCAAUGUUUGGUUUUGCUGUUGGGCUUCUAACAGAGUAUGCAACUGGUUCAGACUUUGUUGAUCAAGUAAAGAUCCUUCUCUCAAAUUUUGGGAUAGUAGACCUGGAAUGAUUCUGCUGAUUGGUCUUCAUCACCAUCAUCUCCAUCUUUGUGUAAUUGUUGUAGUCAUAUCCAAUGUUUCUCCUGUAAUUUCUGAAUGAAUUACUCUAUCAUUCUCUUCUGAAGACACCAUCAUAAAUUGUAUUGUAUCUUCAGUAUUCAUUUUAACUGUAAGAAUAAGCUCCCCUACUUUUGUCAUCCAACUGUCAGGGUCCUUUGACUUUUUAUUUGGGUUUUUCUUUUACAUUUUCUCUUCUACUACUUUAAUGUGAGGCCUUCUCAGUUGGUCUCUGAGAAUAUACAUUUUUAGUAGCAUAAAUCUUGAGAUAUUCUGAGUUUUCUCAA